UCAUUCAGGCUUGUACACAAAAUUCAACACAAGUAAGGAAAUAUAUUUUUGCAACUGUAUUUGACUCUAUUUUAUUAACUGGAAAUAUGAAAGAAGUUAAAAACAACCAAAUUAUCCAGUGGUCAUUUAUUGACCGUUUACAGAAGUCGUUAAUGUUAUUUCAUUCGGUUGGUGUGGAUUCUCCAUCUUUAUCUCCAUAUUAUCAACACCGAUGCAAAUACUACGCCACAAAUGGGACCCUGGAGCUGCAACGUUUGGAGAUGGCUGAUAGUGGUAUUUAUCAACUCACUGUGGAUCACUUUUAUGAAAACGUACCAGGCAAGCUGUACAUUUACUCUCUGUACCUAGAUGUUGAAGAAACGUUGUCCACACCCUUGAUUAUUCAAGAACCGGUCUACAUAGCCAACAAUGUUCAACUCAGCUGCAUUGCGAAAAAGGGAAAUCCAACGACAAUCUUAUGGCUGAAGGGAAAAAUACCAAUAACUAACGGUUCACGGUAUAUCCUGAAAGAUAACAACAGUACUCUGUCUAUUAGCAGAGUGGACAUGGACCACUGUGGCUUUUACACAUGUGUAGCUGUUGACAGCACAAGCGAGCAAAAUAUAACCCACUUCCUCCUUAUUGAUGGAAUUCAAUUUCUCCACAAACGCAUCCUUGUCACCUCUGUUGUUGCUUUCGUCAGUACAUCGAUGUCUCUUGCUGCGACUGUUUUCAUCAUGUUCUAUUCGUUAAAGAAAUACAAGGCUAAUAAGUAUCAAGAGCGAUCGACCAUUGCCUUUAUGGUCAUUGAAAUGAAGUCCUACGUAUGUUUAUUGAUUUCUUCAAUACUCUGCAUCUUGGAUUCGGAUAUUUUUGUAGUAUACAGAAUAAUCUCAGGGAUUGUAGUUUUUCAUCUGCUUGGAAUGACUGGCUAUAUUGCCUUCCUUUACCUCCAUCCUUUCAGGGAAGAACUAGCUUCAUUUCUGGUGAAAAAACGUGAGCGUUACAUUAUACUAGGAAGUGGAAUAUUCAACGUAAUAAUUUCACCUCUACCAAUUUACGAAGCAUCUCUAAAUGUUAAAAUGUGCACUUAUCCAUAUGGUGAUAUUGCAGUAGCAAUUGUGUCUACAUUGAUGCUUUUCAUAUCCAUUGUGGGACUAUCUUUUAUCUUCGCAGUGAAGAGAAUGCAGACAUGGAAUCUUUCGAAAAGAUCGAGUCGACUUUGGUCAAAAUGAAAGCUUAUACAGCUUCAAAAAUGUACACUGUUUUCAGUGUCUGCUGCUGUGAUAUUCCAGAAGCUGCAAUCAACAAACUCUUGUAGCGGAUUUGCGGGAGAAGAAAAUGUUGAAAGUAUGUCUGGAAAUGAGAGGACUGAAAGGUGGUGGUGGAAUUCUCUCUGUCAGGAUCUCUGUCGUCUAAAUGUUGGAAGUGAUGAAGAGACAGUAACAGUGUUAUUCAGUAUGAUCUGUGAUGUAUGCUUUUGUCAAUAUUGAUCCCACUUUAAGAAAAUAAGAUUUUUCUUAAUUAGAUUAAACUUAUUAUCUUAAAAUAUAAAAAAGUACACCAGACAGGAGCUGAAAAGGAAAACAAACACUCAAUGUAUGGGGCAAUUUUUUUUAUCAAUGUCAUAUUGUUUUGAUUUUCAGUGAAUUGUUAAAUAAAUAUUAACUGUUGCAGACCAUUAUAUUGGUAGCUUCUGAAACUCUGUGUUUAUCCCACAUUUAAUGAAUCCUUACAACAAUGUAACAAAUCUCUCAUUGC